UAAACGGCUGUCGGAGCACGAGGAGCAUCGCAGCCAGCCUUUAGCUUAUUAGCUUAACAGCACAUAAACCCGUUGUAGACGGUCUAAUCAGUUAUCAUCCAGUCACUUUUGGAAAAUAUCAGCCACUUUUAAAACGACCACCAUGUGGAUUUAUAAAAUACUGCUCUGCGUGGCCGUGCUGGUUUACUCAGAAAGCAAGAGACACGCUCUGCAAGACUACCAGAAGACUGAUGGGGUUCGCCUGGUCGCUCCACCUGACUCCUCCUUCAUGACCAAAAGCAGGAAGAUGAGUGUGGGAAAGUGCGCCCGUCGCUGCAGCCGCAACAGGAAACUCCCUUUCACCUGCAGAGCCUUCAACUUUGAUCAGAAUGGCACAAAGUGUCAUUUACUCUCCUUUGAUACCCUCACAGUGGGUGUCCGUACAGAGAGUGACUUCAACUAUGACCUUUACGAAAAAAAAGACUUCAUAAAGGAGUGCAUCAUCGGCACAGGACUGAAUUACAAAGGGAGGAGAUCCGUGACCGAGAAUGGUGUGGAGUGCCAGAACUGGGCUUUGAACACCCCACAUGAACAUCAUUUCCUACCCCGGCUACACAAGCAGAAGGACCUUCAAGGAAACUUAUGCAGGAAUCCAGACAACAGCACCACAGGACCAUGGUGCUUUACAAAGAACCCCAACAUACGCUACCAAAACUGCAACAUUCCCCAGUGUUCAGAGGUGCAAUGUAUGACAUGUAAUGGAGAAAGCUACCGAGGACCCAUGGACCACACAGAGAGUGGCAGAGAAUGCCAGCGCUGGGACCUGGAGGAACCUCACAAACACCUCUUCCACCCCAAAAGGUACCCAGAUAAAGGCCUAAAGGAUAACUACUGCAGAAACCCAGAUGGGCGCCAGCGACCCUGGUGCUUUACCACUGAUCCCAACACUCCUUGGGAGUACUGCAACAUCAAACAGUGUGACUCUGACAACCAGAGUGAUCUUGAAAGUACUACUACAUGUUUCCGUGGUAAUGGAGAAGGGUACCGUGGGACAGUGGCAGUGCCUCAUGAGGGCUUAACCUGUCAAAGAUGGGACACCCAGUUUCCCCAUUCACACCCCUUCAUGCCCCAAAACUACCGCUGCAAGGACCUAAGAGAGAACUAUUGCAGGAAUCCUGAUGGCCGUCAUGCCCCUUGGUGCUUCACUACUGACCCUAACAUCCCUUGGGCCUUUUGCAUGGACAUCCCACGCUGCGGAGCCACAGCAGCUGAAUCUGAAGAGUGUUAUACAGGCAGUGGGGAGACAUACAGAGGCAAGCAGAUGAAGACUCGUUCAGGCAUCCCCUGUGCUCCAUGGAAAGAUCAAAGUGAGAGGAAAGAGCGAGAGGUGGUGACGCUAAGCGAAGAGUUGGAAGGGAAUUUCUGCAGGAAUCCAGACAAGGACAAGCAUGGGCCAUGGUGUUAUACCAACAGCUCCCUCAUCCCCUGGGAUUACUGCACAGUCAAGCGCUGUGAGCCGUUACCAAAUGCUCUACCACAAAAAGCUGAAGUCCCACAGGCCUCCUGUUUUGUUCAUAAGCAAGUGAGAAUAGUGGGUGGGGGCCCAGUACCGAUUAAAGAGGGCAGUUGGAUGGUCAGCAUACAAAAAGGGGCCACUCAUUGGUGCGGAGGCUCUCUGGUUCGUGAGGAGUGGGUGCUGACGGACAGAGAAUGCUUCUCCUCAUGUGUUCCUGACCUUUCAGAGUACAGAGUGUGGCUUGGCUCUGCACAUCUGAAUGAGUCUGGCGAGAAUAUUUGGACCAGGCAGGAAAGGAGAAUUGCUCAUGUUGUCUGUGGUCCAGAGGGUUCUGGACUUGCCCUGCUGCAACUGGCACAACCUGCUUUCAUAACUGAACAUGUGAGGAUUAUUCAGCUGCCUGUGGCUGGCUGUAGGAUUCAGGAGGGCAUCUUGUGUUCCACAUAUGGCUGGGGAGAAACUAAAGAUACUGGACAUGAAGGCACAUUAAAAAGUGUUCAGCUGCCUAUCGUCAGCAACGAGCGCUGCGAACAGUUGCAUAGAGGAAAUCUUCAGAUCACUAAUGCUAAAGUUUGUGCUGGUGGAAAGAGGGAUGAAGGAGUAUGUGAGAAAGACUAUGGUGGACCACUGGUAUGUCAGGAGAAAGGGAGUAAAGUUAUCGUGGGUGUGAGUGUCCACGGAAGAGGGUGUGCUCGACCCAAUCGACCGGGCAUCUUUGUCAACGUAGCCCACUAUACAGGAUGGAUUCAUAAAGUGUUCAAAACCUAUCCCUACUCAGACUUCAAUUACUAAAGCAGAAGACCAUGAAGUGGACAACCCAGAGGAUCCAAACAAAAGUUCUAAAGCAAAGCCAGACGUAACCCACAUUUCACACUUACAAUUAAAGUUGUGGUUAGUAGUGAAAAAUAUGUCCAAAAUAUGGAUUUUGACCUGCCUGGGUAGAUCUGUUUGGUUAAGAACUGUUCCGGUGUGGGAGUGUAGUACAUAGGCAGCACUGGACUUAUUGUGAACAAUGACACUGAGAAAUUAACUGAGCAAAAACAAGUGAGACACAGACUCUCUAAAGACUUGCUUAGAAAACUAAGGAUAAGGACUACUGGUAAGUAUUUAAACAUACUACCAGAACCUGCACAUAAUGACUGUAGCAAUACCUAAAGACUGACCAAAAACCUCAAAUUCUGGAGGAGGACACUGGCCCCACCCACAAAAUAUUCAGCUUUUUUUCAUUUCGGCUCACACAUAGCCUGUCAAACUAGGAGCUGGAGGAAAAACAAGGAUUUUUGGAUUGAGGAAUUGACCUGAAUCUGGAUUCAUACCAAGAACUGAAUUCACAGAGAUUACUAACACAUGUACAGUAUAUUUAAACCUCAACUAUUAAAUAGCCUACAGUAUUAGCUGUAUUACAGAAUGGUGUGUAUAGUAUACAUGUAGAAUAUCUUGUGGAUAGUAGUAUUCAUAGGAGGCUUUUUACCCUUAUGCUCCUGAUAAUACUUGAAUAUAUACACAUACAACAAAACACUGUCUGCUCUAAUGGCACUUCCUCAUUUCAGGUAUCGAAGGUUAGGUUUGCUUUAUUCAGGUGUCUGUUUUGUGACCAGUGAACAAUGUAGUCAUAACGUUCAUGCGUCCCCCACCUAUGCCGUGCUUUGGUUAUUAUCAGAAGCCAUAGAAGGAUUUGGUGUUGUAAAUAGUGUAGUCAUUUGAGUGUUACAAACACUACUGAUGCUUGGGUAGGUCUUAUAGACCUUUUAAUUGAGGCUUUAAGAUGUUUUGCCUUCAUCUUCAGUGUUGUUCUAUCAAGUGGUGUUACACAUUUCAGAAAGGAAUAUGUGUGCAUUAGUUCUUGACUUCAUCUUAAAGGGGAAUUCCAGUGAUUGUUCAAAAUUUCUGAAUAAUUCAAUGGUUAAGAUGUAAACAGAGUCUUUCAGAGCGGUUUGAUGUGAAAUGCUCCAUUCUAGAGAAACUUACAAAGUCAGAAUUUUUCACAACAUUGUUGGUCUAACCCUGUAGCAUUUAAUGCACCUAAAAGCAAUAUCAGAAGGUUGUUACUAGGAAUGUUUACAACUUGGUUGCCUGCUGCCUGAAACAUUGUUUUACGAGAGUUUUGUGACAAAAAAAGUAUAAGCAGGAUGGAGGGUCGUAAGGCAAAAUAGUAACGAAUGAAAAUGUAUUUUAGAUGUACCACUGUUUUACAGUAAUCAACAUUACUUACAAAAAACACACAUGUAGGUUCACUAGUUGUUUGGGAUAAUAAAUAAAAUGGCUAUAUUUUCAUAGCAGACAUUGUGAUCUCUGGUUCCUAUCACUACCAUUGUAGAGAAAUCAGAGUCAGUAAGUGUCUCUGCAAUGCACCAUUUCACAUCAAACCCUUCGGAAUUACUUUGUUUACAUCAAUUGAACUAUGUAGAAAUUUAAACUUUAACUUAAAAAACUGGUGGAAUGCCCCUUUAACCACUAUACUUGCCACUAAAUAGGAUAAAAACAACCUGAAAUCCAAAGGAGGGUAAAAAGUGAUGAAUUUGGAUUUUAAGUAUAUUGUAUACUUUUUUGAACUCAUUAAGAGUGUAAGGGACUGAGUUUGUGUGUGUGUGUAAUGUAGCGUUGUGCAGUAAUGUUCAUAAGAAUUGCCACUGGCAGGUUGCAGCUCUGCAGGACAGAGGGAGAGUAUGUGUGUGUUUAUGUAGAACAAAUACCUAGGUCUUCUUCCACAGGCCUAGAAGAAACAGGUCUUGUUAGGGAAAGAGAUUAAUUUUAAUGUUUUUAUAUCCUGGAUAAGUUGUAAGACAAAUCCCCCAUCCAUCAGAGUAAUUUCUCCUGUGUGGUCGUGGAUUACUCUGAAUACAAGUUUCUCAUUCCUGACCUCUUACUCUGGACUGCCUCCAAAAACAAUCGACUUGGGAAAUUACCUCCAAAACUAUGUCAGCUAAAACAAAUACCACACUGAAAGAUGGCUCCUAAGUGUUUGCAUUCUAAGCACUUCUGAUGCUAAUGAUGUUGGUUUAAAUGAAGGAUGAGUUUAAUUUGUAUGCAAGUCCAGCAGCACAGGACAUUAAAGGGGAAUUCCACCAAUUUUUACAAAUUUCUGUGUAAUUAAAUGAUUAAGGUGUAAACAAAGUCAUUCACAGUGGCUGGAUGCUUUCUAGAGAAUCAGAAUUGUUCACAAUGGUGUUAAUAAGAAUUCCUGGAACAUUGUUUUUUUAAAUAGUUUACAUUAGUUUUGAGAGAUUUUGGCCUAAAACAUAUUUUAAGUGCAUUUGUGGCAGAGAGGUACAUGCAGGGUGAUAUUAGGCAAAAUAGUCCCCAAAGAAAACUUAUUUCAGUUUUACAACUAUUUUACCAUCAUUAACAUAGAAAAACUCAUGUGUAAGUUCACUGGUUGUAUUGGAUAGUGAAUAAAAUAGCUUCUAUUGUGUUGUAGACACUACAACUCCUGGUCAAUCUCACCACCACUGGAAAGUAAUGUACACAACUGUAAACCUCUCUACAAUUAACUAUUUUCACAUCAAACCUCUCUGAAUGACUUGGCUUAGAUUUCACCAAUUGAAUUAUGCACACAUUUUGAAAGAUCAGAGGAAUUUCCCUUUAAGCAAUUCUGAAGAUGUUACAUACAGUGCUGAAGAAAAUCAAGACAUAUCAAAUACAUAUCAUACUCUGUGAUAACUUUAUGAUGUGUUGUAUAAUAUUUUGCAUCCUUCCCUAUUUUGGGAUUGGGUAAGAAAAGCAAAGACAGAAGGUUGAUGCCAUUCUAUCACAAAAUCACAGAGCAAAAGAUCACAGGUGCAGCCUGAGUUUAUGAAAGUGUGCGUAUAAAGUAUUAGAAUAAUCUACACACAUCCAUCCUAUUCAUGUCAGUUAACAGUUUCUUUGCAGUUUUCAUUAGAAUCUUUGUGUAAAUACGUUUUUCUGUGUGUGACACUCACUUACUGAAUGUACAGUGCUGCUAUCUACAAGGUUGUAAAUGUCGUCAAUGUACAGUGUAUUUCCUUACUCAUACAGUCAUCGUGUGGGAUUAUUCAUAUUCAAUGUAUUAUUCAACUGUAUGGUAUGGUCAUGUUGAGUUACACUGACAGCUGUAUUUAUCCGCUCCCCCUGUGAUUGUGUUCAUUAGAAUUCCUCUAUGUGCCUUUACUCCAGAAUAUUCUUUUAUCAUGUCUGAAAUAAAAUAAAAUAAAAUAA